AUGCCUCCCACAAACGCCCUCGAUCUCCCUCUCCUCCGCCAAAAGCCAUCCUACGAGACACUUGUAAACUCACUCGAAGCUCUCACAAUUGCUCCGUCAACAUGGUCGGAGUCCGAAAUCUCGGCUCUCGCAGAGGAAGAUGCAGCAGGUAUACCCCGUUACCUCACCUCGAUCCUGAGCAACGCUUUCGAUUGGCUGCAAGAUCAAACGAGCGAGAAAAGUCACGGUUUGUUGGCUGAGGAACAGAAAGAGGUCUUGUGGAAUCUAGCUAGUCAAAGAAUGACCGAAAGAUGUGGAAGGAGUGCACAAGGCGAAAUUACUCGAACGUGGAGAAUUGCUGCAAAUGGGGAUCACCCAGACAUGGACCUCGUAAUCCGCGAACCUCCAUUGACCGGAGAUACUCUUGGUUUCAAAACCUGGGGCACAGCAUGGGCAAUCGCUCAAAAGCUCACCUAUCUCAAAACGGAGCUCUUCCAACACCUCCUCCGGGAACCUACCUACGUAAAUUUUACAAACGAAAACGGCGAGACCUUCACACAAAUCAAGCGUAGAGAUUCGCUAGAGCGGCCUCAAAUUCUCGAAUUGGGGUCUGGUACUGGAUUACUCGGUCUCGCGGCAGCAGCCAUAUGGAGCGCCGAUGUCAUCGUCACAGAUCUCGAAAUCAUACAAGAAAAUCUCGGUUAUAAUUGUUUUCAAAAUAUGAACAUCAUAGAGAGUAGGGGUGGGUAUUGUGCGCCUGGUGUUCUAGAUUGGACGGACUUGGAGAAUUCUGAAGUUACUGUUGCAGACAAUGAUGAUAAAUUCGAACUGAUCAUGGUCUCCGACCCCCUCUACGACUCCCACCACCCCGCUCUCGUCGCCAACGCAAUCCGUCAUUUCAUCAAAGUCGACGAAGGUUCAAGGGUCUUGGCUGCUGUCCCGAAGCGCGAUGCGAAUACGAGCAGGAUGGUGCAGGAGUUUUGGGAGUUGAUGGCAGGCAAUGGAUUUUUGCUGAUUAGGGAAGAGUCGGAGAUAUGUCGUGAUGAUUGGGGGAAUGAUGGGAAUGAGGUGACAUGUGUGUGGGGUGUUUGGAGGUUGAGUUAA